AUGUCGGCACCCUUACGAGUGUCUCUGGGCCACACUGCCACGGAAUUCCCACAAUGGGUUUCCGAGCAGUUGGUGAAGCCUAUUAAUCUCGCCAUCGCCUUAUUCAUCGUCACUUUGACGACAGUGGUCCUCAACGAUUCCCAGUCCCAUUUAAAAAGACUUCCUCUUGUUAACGCCCCAAAGUCUAUGCUGUAUAAUUCUUGGAACGUGAAGACCGAAUUUUUGCACAAAUCAGUCAACAUCCUUGAUCGCGCUCGGGCUCUCUUUCCGGGCAAGCCUUUCCGAAUGCUAACCAGCCUCGGACCUUUAACUGUACUGCCGCCUGAAUUUGGACAUGAGAUUCGCAAAAGUCCGGAAGUGUCGUUUUCUGAAACGAUGCAACAGGUAUAA